CCCGUUUGAACCCCCUUCGCUCGCUUGUAAACUGUGAAAAGGAGACGGGGAGGGGAGGCGACCGGCGACCGACCGUGGGAGGGAAGGAAAAAAAAAAUAAACCAGCCGCCCGCCGGGAAUGGCCGCCGUCGCCGCCGGCGAACUGGACGGGCAGUAGAGGGCGUCCUAUCUCUUUUUUUUUUCUGCGUGUGUGUGGUAGGAGCGGUGGUUGCAGUCGGGACUGGUGGUGGUGGUGUGUAACUGCGCUGGUGUGGUUGGUUGGAGUUCGGGAUUGGGGAUGGCGUGGUUGCGGUAGUGGUUAGGAUUCACGCGAUCGAUGCCGUUCCAGCUCAAGGCCGGCCACCACCACGGCGCCAUGGACGGGAAGCCGCCGCCGCCGCCGCCGCUCGCGCCCGCCCCGACGCCGCCCGCGCCGCCCAGGGUCUCCCGCCUCCGCAGGCUGCUCGUGAGGGUCUCCGCCUCGGAGCGCCUCGCGGUGGCCGGGGACGGCAAGGAGCGGGAGAAGGAGGAGAGGCCGGUGGGCAGCGGGGAGGCGGAGGUCGGCUCGGUGGGGCUCGACCGCAUGGUGCUCAGCUUCAUGGAGGACUCCGCGGCCGUCGAGCGCCCGCCGCGCGGCCGCUGCAACUGCUUCAACGGCAGCAACUACGAGGAGAGCGACGACGAGGAGGGCUUCUUCCUCCCCUCCGGCCAGGCCUCCGCGCCUCCCCCGUCCGCGGCCGGCGACACCCUGGAGGCACUCAAGAGUUUGGUGCAGAGCGCCAGCGUCGCCGAGCGGAACCUUCUCGCCGACGCUUCCAGGAUCACCGAGCGGUGCGGCAGGACCUGCAAGGGCAAGGCCGAGUGCCGCCGCGCCGUCGCCGACGGCCUCAGGGCCCUCGGCUAUGACGCCGCCGUCUGCAAGUCGCGCUGGGAGAAGACCAAGUCCUACCCCGCUGGGGAGCACGAGUACAUCGACGCCGUUGUUGGGGACGGAGCGAGGCUGAUCGUGGAGGUGCACUUCAGGUCCGAGUUCGAGGUGGCCCGGUCGACCAAGGCGUACCGCGCGGCGCUCCAGGCGCUGCCGCCGUUGUUCGUUGGCACGUCCGACCGGCUCGGGAAGAUCGUGUCCGUGGUGGCGGAGGCGGCGCGGCAGAGCAUGAAGAAGAAGGGGCUGCACUUCCCACCAUGGCGUAAGCCGGAGUACAUGCGCGCCAAGUGGCUGUCCCCGCACGUCCGCACCGGCGACAAGGCGGCCGCCCCGUCCCCCGCCGCCUCUGCAACUGCAACUGCGACGGCGGUGUCGGCGGCGAGCUUCUCCGGCGAGUUCGAGCUGCUGUUCGGCAUGAACCCGAGCGGGGGGGUCUCGUCCACCCCCGGCGAGAAGAUCACGGUGGUGGUGUCGCCGUGGCGCCCGACGGAGGAGGCGGCGAGCAAGAAGCAGCAGCCCAGGGCGAAGGUCGUCACGGGGCUCGCCGCCGUCCUCUGAGCGUGGCGAGGCGAGGCGGACAAAAUAACCGCCAGUAGAUGGACGGAUCCCCAAUUUUUCCACCCACCGCCUUUUCCGUUUCUUUCUCCUCGGCGCGCUUCGAUCCGUUGGCGGAUCCAGUUUUUGGUGUUUCCGUGUUCGUUUUUCCGGGGUUUUUUUGUUUCGGAAAAAAGAGAAAAAAACACUCCCAUCCCCUAGCAGCACCAUCCAUCCUCCAUUAAUUUCGAGUUUUGACCCCCCCCUGCCAUGUAAUUUUUGUUCUCGCCAUGAGGAGGCCGUGGAGCUUUGGUGACGCUUCACCCCCUCCCGCCGACUAGUACUAGUAGCAGCAGCUGUAAGAGAAGAAGAGGGGGAUCGUCCGGCGAGGCUUCUCGCCGGCUGUUCUCUGCUUGCCUGUAGGAAUUGAUCAAUCUAAGACUUACCUUGCCAGUGAA